AUGCAAGACAUGAUGAGUCAGGAUGAGAAGAGCCCAGUCAGCUUCCUUCAGAACUAUGUGGUCUGUGUGAGUGGUUACUCCAACGACGAACGACUCUUACUGAAAAACAUGAUCGACUUCUGUGGUGGGAUGUAUAUGGAAGACAUGGAAAGCCGCAACGUGACUUACCUUCUGUCUAAAAACCCUAUGAGCGACAAGACUAAGCACGCAAUGAGAUGGGGUGUCCCCGUCCUUACACACCAAUGGCUCUUCGACUGUAUGUCAGAGCGAAGACUCCUCUCGAUAAAUCCCUACCUCAUCAAUGCACGGAAGUAA